GCAAAACUAGGAAGUAUUUCCGAUAAUUCCAGCCCGGACAGAAGACACAUCGGGUAGGACGUUCAUGUCAAAGCCAGGACUUAAAGAAUUCGAUGAAGGAGCGAUUCUGCAGUUGUCCCGUAGAAUAGAAAACUGAGCACCAACACCAACAGCCAAUCAAAUAUCACAACAUAGAUAUUGGCGUCAGACGACAAUUCUACAGCCAAUCAGAUAUUACGACAUAGAUAUUGGCGUCAGACGACAAUUCUACAGCCAAUCAAAUAUUACAAGACAUACAAUCUGACAGCUAUUCCAUAAUCCAGAACCAAUAAAAUGACACAAGACAUACGAUCUCGACAUCUAGACCAUAAUCCACAACCAAUCAAAUAUCACAAGACAUACGAUCUCGACAGCUAGACCAUAAUCUAUAACCAAUCAAAUAUCACAAGACAUACGAUCUCGACAGCUAGACCAUAAUCUACAACCAAUCAAAUAUCACAAGACAUACGAUCUCGACAUCUAGACCAUAAUCUACAACCAAUACAAAUAUCACAAGACAUACGAUCUAGACCAUAAUCCACAACCAAUCAAAUAUCACAAGACAUACGAUCUCGACAGCUAGACUAUAAUCCACAACCAAUCAAAUAUCACAAGACAUACGAUCUCGACAGCUAGACCAUAAUCUACAACCAAUCAAAUAUCACAAGACAUACAAUCUAGACAUCUAGACCAUAAUCCACAACCAAUACAAAUACUACCAGAUCAUAGAUGUCUGGAUCAGACGAGGUCGGUUACCAGCAGUCUAGAGUAAUUCGAUAACUGUCUAUAUCACAUUAGAAAACCUGCGUGAGGUCAGCACGUAAGGUCAGCACGUGAUCGUCAGUGUUGUACGGUGACCAACGUAUCACUGGAAUCAACGUAUCCUAAGUGUGGAUUAUAGCAUUACUUACAGAGCACAUUUUAGAGACAAUAUUAUAUCAAGAUGGAAAAAUACACUACAAACAGUGGACUGAAUAUCAUUUGCUACCUUGGUGACGUCGCUGAAGCCGAGGCAGAAGGAAUAGUGACUGGCCAGUGCUGCGAUAUGAAAAGGCCUAGUACAGUGACGACGUCACUUUGUCAACUAGCGGGGAUUGAGCACAAUGUUCUCGCCAAACUCAUCGCUGCUGAACGCGGAACUGAGCACCUCGAGUGGGGAGACGUUUAUUGUUUUCAUCCACGCCGUUACGGGAUCCCACUCACAUUCAAAACAAUAUGUUUUGCCGUAGUCAUGCCUUAUGAUGCCGCCCUAAUUAAUUUUGAAUGGAAAUAUUGGAUGCUAGAGCUAUACAAGGAGAUUUUAAAGGAAGCGAACCGGCUGCAAUUGAAGUCACUUGCAGUACCUCUACUGGGAUCUGGACAGGGUAGAGCUCCCUUGCCACUUGCCGUGGAUGUUCUGGUAAAAGCAUUGUCUGAAUUCCAAAGCCAAACGCUCACUGAUGUAUUGAUAGUUAGUUCUACUCCUGGAGUUCAUAGUGAAGUUAUAAAACAAUGGGACGAACAUUUUUCUAAAGCUACAAAUACGAAGAAAGGUGUAAAACAAUUUGCCAAAAGUGUUUUCCAUGCAAUAGGAAACGCAUUAACUGGGAACACAUGCGAUCAAAAUGCUCAAGAAUAUGGUAUGUGUCAUGUCGAUCAUUCAGGAAAGACACACGACACGAAUUCCAGAAAUAACUUCAAUAGAUAUCGAUCAGGAAAUAACUCCAGUUCUUUUGGCAGACAUCCUGGUGAACAGACCUCAUUGGAGACGGAACGUCCUGAUCAGAAAGCCUCUACACAGUGUUAUGCUCCAAGGUGGAAUAAUACAUUCCGCCAUCAACCUGAAACACCAAGAAGACAUCAUCAAAUUAGAGAUGGACAAGUGUACAAUAUAACAGAAGCCGAGACAAGGCCAUUGGAGACAGAACGUCCUGAUCAAACAGCAUCUACACACUUUGAUGCUCCAAGAUGGAAUAAUCAGUACAGAGGUAAACCAUUCCAUCGUCAACCUGAAACACCAAGAAGAAAUAAUCGAAUUAGAGAUGAGCAAGUAUACAAUAUAACAGAAGCCGAGGCAAGGCCACACGACAGAUCUAACAGAGACUUUCAAGAAAAUACCAGUACACACGCUGUCAGUACUGGUACCCGUAAUACGACUGUGCCAAGAACAUAUUGGCAGAAACCAUUUGAUGAAGAGAGAAAGAUGCUGACGCCAUGUCAGUCAGACGACAGUACAUCAAGUGACUUUCAUACAGAAUCAAGAGAAUCAGAUAUGGAUUUCAUUUUUAACAAAUCAUUUGAUUCACCAGAAGGUGCAAUUAAACUUGCGUCGGAUUUAUCAGAAGAGUCAACAAAACAGAUGUCUGGUUCAAAUUCACCAAAGGACUCGAGUAAACAAUAUACGUCUGAUUCAGCAGAAGAGUCAAAUGAACAUCUGACUUCUGAUUCUGCGCCAAGUAAUAAUGAAGACUACCAGUUCGAAGUCAACGUUAAUACUAGGAAGACAAAGAGACGUGGUUCGAUAGAUCAACUGCCAAGUGAAGGCAAACAGAGUCAGUCAGGAGACACCCAUUGCACAGAAAAGACAACUGACCAACAAUCUUUCGUAUCCAUGUCAACUAUACCUGAUACCUGUGCUAUCUCCAUGAACGAGAUCACCAAACCUAAACGUCUGCGUAAAUGCGGCCACACGUUCUGCACGGACUAUAUCGACAACGGUUUUAAUAACUUCAAGCCUCUCUGUCCCACCUGCAACAUGGUGUAUGGAAUCCUCACAGGGAACCAGCCUCCUGGGACAAUGAGGGACAAGGUCAUUCCUGGCAUGAGUUGUCCUGGUUACGAGGGUCACGGGGUCAUCUUCAUUAACUACUACUUUGAAGAUGGAAUACAGACAGACCAGCACCCGAACCCAGGCAAGCCGUAUCACGGAACUAGACGAAGAGGGUUUCUUCCUGACACCGACGAGGGCCGAUCCAUACUUCGGUUGCUAAAAAUAGCCUUCGAGCGGAAGCUGACGUUUACGGUUGGUCGCUCGACCACGACCGGAAGAGAAGACAUGGUGAUGUGGAAUGAUAUUCACCAUAAGACGAACACGCAUGGAGGACCAACCAGGUUUGGAUACCCAGACCCGACUUAUUUAUCACGAGUUAGAGAUGAACUGGCCAGCAAGGGUGUGACGGAAUAGCAAGGCUGAACUCAACAAAACUGUUUGAUGCUUUCAUCACACUGUUUGCUGCCAUUGUUAAAGUUAAACUUUCUUUAACGUCACCACUAGAGCAGAUUGAUUUAUUAAUCAUCAGCUACUGGGUGUCAAAUAUAGGAUAAUUAGGAUAUGUAAUUUUGGUUGUUAGUCAGAAACAUCUUACAAUGGUGGCACACUCACGACAGUCUCGUUUUGAAAUUUAUCACCAGGUAUACUUGUAAAUACGUUUCCAUCUCAUUUCUUCCCGAUCUUUUGCUGUCCAUCUCCACAUCCCAGUCCUUGUCUCUCUAACCAUGACACACACCUGUCAUUCCCCAUCAGCUUUUAGCUGUGGGCUUAGUCUGACCACUUCGGGCAGUGUUCAGUGGUUACCUUUGGCAUUGUUAAGAGGCACUUGUGACCACCUACUAUACACCCCUACUACCGGCGGUCGUUAGGUAGUGGCGUGGUCCAGACCAGCUUUAUUAGCGGCAGAGAACAUGGUGUGGACAGCUCAGAAGACAGAGUCGGAGGACACUGACUGAAAGGGUCGAAACAGAUUGAAGUCGUAGGAGAAACUGGAAAGUUGUUUAUAUUAAAAUAAUGAGAAUGUUAGAUGGUGAGAGAUGAGAAAGAUUAAUGAAAAUGUGAGCCAGCUUUGACGGGAUUUGAACCACUGUCGUCAACUUGAUUGUCCAGUAACUUAUCCACUAGACCACGGAGCUCACUACUUGUAUGUAAGUUGCUAGCUUACCAGUAAUUAGAGCCAUUCUUAGAUAGUGAUCGUUUUGUUUUAAAUCUCAACUUCAACCAAAACCCCUAACCUUAGUAACGUCUGUUUUAUACAUUAUAUAGGAGUAUUUUUAAUUCACUAACUUUGCAUUCAUGUUUUAAUCGCAAGUUCGAUACAAAUAUGAAGAUAUCCAGAUGACUUACAAAUGCAUGUAAUGUUACUACUGAUUAUUUUUAACCUGUUAUUCUUAUUUUCCGUUCUCUCCUUUGAUAUUAACACGGUGUAUGUUUUUCUUGUGUUGUUUUACUGGAAUGAAAAGUUGGCUUGUAAGUUGUUAUUUUCCUUUCUAACAUAUAACAUUGUUAACAACGUGGCAUUACAGAUAAUAUAGGUCUAAGCUCUUGCGUGAAUGGCACACAGGUCUCCCAAUAGGAUAGAGUUGGCAUUGCGACUGAGAACCACAAGGGUACGAACAGCAGAGCUGUCAUCCUUGGGUCUGUCUUUCAUGUAUACAAAACGAAUAUUUAUAAGAUACACAUAUUUGUCGAUACGUAAUUGCCAUGGUUUAUAGUCCAUAGCUGUUAAGCUGGGGGCAACAAUUAAAAUACAGAGUGUCCUUGAUUGCUGUAAUUUAGUUUUACACUAAUUGGUUUGAUUUCUUUCCUCUAAUUAACUAACACUAAGCUAUUGCAUGAAUGGUAGGUGACAGAAUAACAAUUAAUUGAAUCGUACGUGUACAGCUAAAU